ACCUGUUCAGUGUGUGUUCAGAAGAAAAUCUCCGCCGAACUGAACGCAAGCAACUUUGCUUCGCUCCGUGAAUUUUGCCGUACGUGUGCGUGACUGUGUGCGUGUGUGUCUGUGCGUGUCGCUCGUCUUACCGGCAUUUUGCGUAAUUUUGUCGCAAAUUUUUCCUGCAUUGUACGUUCGUGUUCUUUCACUGCAGUAAACUAAUUUAAUCAUGCCAGUGCCGGAGCUCCAGAAACCCGCGCCCGCAUUCAGCGGUACCGCCGUCGUGAACGGUGAGUUCAAGGAAAUCCGCCUGUCGGACUACCUCGGCAAGUACGUGGUGCUGUUCUUCUACCCGCUCGACUUUACCUUCGUCUGCCCGACGGAAAUCGUCGCCUUCUCCGACCGGGCGGACGAGUUCCACGAGAAGAAGUGCCAGGUGAUCGCCUGCUCUACGGACAGCCACUUCACUCAUCUGGCGUGGAUCAACACGCCCCGCAAGCAGGGUGGGCUGGGCGAGCUGAAGAUCCCGCUGCUGGCGGACAAGUCGAUGAAGAUCGCGCGCGACUACGGCGUGCUGCAGGAGGAGUCGGGCGUCCCGUUCCGCGGCCUGUUCAUCAUCGACGACAAGGGCAACCUGCGCCAGGUGACGGUGAACGAUCUGCCGGUCGGACGCAGCGUGGACGAGACGCUGCGCCUGGUGGAGGCGUUCCGCUACACCGAUGAAUUCGGCGAGGUGUGCCCGGCCAACUGGAAGCCUGGCAGCAAGACGAUGGUGGCCGAUCCGCACAAGUCGAAGGAUUACUUCAAUGCCGUCAACUAAAAGGAUGUUUGUGGGAAAUACGUUGAGCCGAACAAGAACAGAAGAAUCUUUCACACACACACAUACAUUCUUUCCGCGUGAUAUCAUCUACUUUACGGGAAUACAUCAUCGCCCUCUGACCGCGGCAUUAAAUUAAAAAUCAUCAUCCAGAGAAGAGGAGGCUAAUCGCACAGGUUGAACCUGCGAGGAGGAGCACACAGGCUCUUUUAAUGAGAAGAAGAACACGAGGAUCAAAACAGAAACUGUUUAGAUGUUUAAAAUAUCAACCCCCCCUCCAUGAGCUGAGAGCAAUAAAAUGGAAAUAAAGUAUUGA